AUGGAUAAGCCUGUUCAUGGUGAAGAAACACGUGCAAUGGGUACCAAGAAAGAUGAACGCAUUCAACGCGGGGGCCCAUCCGAACAACAAAGGGCUUUUGAUAAUACUGCUAACUGUAUUAAUAAUAGUGGUAGCUGUACUACAACAGAUCAUUCGAAUAACAGAAUUAUGACUUAUAAUACUCAGAUAAAUUACAUUGUCGCGGAACCAUACAUACAUCCACAACAACUUCAACAACAAUCCCAAUCUCCAUACCAACAAUCCCAACUUCCAUACCAACAACUUCAACAACAAUACCAACUUCCAUACCAACAACUUCCACAACAAUCCCAACUUCCAUACGAACAACUUCCACAACAAUCCCAACUUCCAUACCAACAACUUCCACAACAACCCCAAGGGACAUGGAUGAUUAUCAACCGUGAGGGUGAGGAGGUGUGGGUGUGUAAUAGCUACCAAGACGCGUUUCAUCCCUGCUAA